AUGGAUGACCUCUAUGAUGAGUUCGGUAAUUUUAUUGGCGAGGAGCCCGAAGCAUCAGAGGAAGAGUCCGAACAUGGCAUUGAUGCGGGAAACUACGUCUACGAUGACGAGUAUCCCGAGGAGGCUCCCGAGGGCCGAGGCCAGGAGCUCAUGGAGAUAGAUGAUGAUGGACCGUCAAAUGCGAUCGUGCUCCACGAGGACAAGCAAUACUACCCCACGGCUGAGCAGGUGUACGGAGAGGGCGUCGAGACGAUGGUGCAGGAGGAAGAUGCGCAGCCCCUCUCCGAACCCAUCAUCGCUCCCGUCGAGCAGAAGAAGUUCACCGUCGAGGAAGCAGACCUACCCCCGGUGUUCUUCGAUCGCAACUUCAUGACAGACCUCAUGAACUUCCCCGAGCAAAUACGAAAUGUCGCGCUAGCUGGACAUCUCCACCAUGGAAAGACAGCGUUUAUGGACAUGCUUGUCCUGGAGACACACGACAUCACGGACAGACUCGAGAAGCGCACAGGCAAGAAUCGCGACGAGCAGCUCAGGUACACCGAUGUACACGUCCUGGAGAGGGAACGAGGGCUUUCAGUAAAGGCGGCGCCAAUGAGUCUGGUUCUGCAGGGCACCAAGGGCAAAUCUCACCUGGUGAACAUCAUCGAUACCCCUGGCCACGUCAAUUUUGUUGAUGAGGUCGCAUCUGCCCUUAGGCUUGUUGACGGCGUCUGUCUCGUGGUCGAUGUGGUCGAGGGCGUCCAGGUGAACACUGAGCAGAUCAUCAAACAUGCCGUUCUAGAAAAUAUCCCAUUGACCCUCAUUGUCAACAAGAUGGAUCGGCUGAUCUUGGAGCUGAAACUACCCCCAAGCGAUGCUUAUUUCAAGCUGAAACAUGUCAUUGAGGAAGUCAACACAAUCAUCGAAAAUACCAUUCCCGGCAAGGGUGAAGAGAGGCGGUUGAGCCCAGAAAAGGGCAAUGUUCUUUUCGCAUGCACAGACAUGGGAUGGUGCUUCACACUACAAUCCUUUGCAAAGAUGUACUCGGACAGUUUUGGAGGCGUCAACAUCGAAGAGUUUUCCCGUCGCUUGUGGGGUGACAUCUACUACAACCCCAAAAAACGCUCAUUCACAAGGAAACCGAUUGAGGAGCGCGCAAAGCGCUCGUUCGUCAACUUCGUGAUGGAGCCUAUCUACAAGCUCUACUCCCAUACUAUCAGCGAGAGCCCAGAAGAUCUCAAAGACACACUCGAAUCACUAGGCAUUUCGUUAAAGCCUUCACAGUAUAAGAUGGACGCCAAGGUCAUCUUGAAGCUUGUAUGCGAGCAGUUCUUCGGACCUUCGACCGCAUUUGUCGAUAUGGUGGUUCAGCAUGUCCCUUCUCCGGUUGAAGCUGCUGAGAAGAUGCUACAACAGCAUUUUACUGGCCCUUUAGACACAAAGGUUGCCGAGUCCAUUAAGGCCUGCGAUCAGAACGGACCGUUGGUAAUUCAUGCGACAAAGCUGUUCAAUGCCCCCGAUGCAAAGAGCUUUUAUACCUUUGGCCGCGUGCUAAGCGGUAUUGCCCGCCCAGGCACCGAGGUGCGAGUUCUCGGCGAAGGAUACUCAAUAGACGACGAGGAAGAUAUGGCCAUGGCCAGGAUAUCAGACGUCUGGAUCGCGGAAACAAGAUACAACAUCCCUACAGACGGCGUUCCUGCAGGUAACUGGGUGUUACUUGGAGGUAUUGACAACUCGAUUGUUAAGACAGCUACUAUCGUGGACAAACGGUUCGAAGAUGAUGAAGAUGCGUACAUCUUCAAGCCAAUCAUGCAUUUCACAGAAUCUGUUCUAAAAGUUGCAGUCGAGCCCAUCAACCCCUCAGAACUCCCCAAGAUGCUGGAUGGUAUCCGGAAAAUCAACAAGAGCUAUCCUCUGAUCACCACCAAGGUUGAAGAGUCUGGGGAGCAUAUCAUCCUGGGCACUGGCGAGCUCUAUAUGGAUUGUGUUCUCCAUGAUCUGCGAAGAUUAUACGCAGAUAUGGAGAUCAAGGUCUCCGACCCUGUCACGCGAUUCUGUGAGACUGUUGUUGAGCAGUCCGCGACCAAAUGCUACGCUAUCACGCCGAACAAGAAGAACAGAAUUACCAUGGUUGCAGAGCCGUUGGAAGACGGCAUUGCACAGGAUAUUGAGUCUGGCGCUGUGAGGAUAAGAGAUCCGAUACGGAAAACCGCCAAGUUUUUUGAAGAAAAGCACGGCUGGGAUUUGCUUGCGGCUCGAAGCAUAUGGGCCUUCGGUCCGGACGAGAUGGGACCGAAUAUUCUACAGGACGAUACGCUUCCUGGCGAGGUCGACAAGAAACUCCUGAACACCGUCAAAGAGUCUAUCCGCCAAGGAUUUAGUUGGGCAACCAGAGAAGGCCCCCUGUGUGAAGAACCAAUACGCAAUACCAAGUUCAAGAUCACCGACAUAUCAUUGGCCCCGGAAGCGAUAUUCCGGGGCGGCGGUCAAGUCAUCCCCACAUCCCGGCGCGCCUGCUACAGCUCCUUCCUCAUGGCAUCCCCGCGCCUGAUGGAGCCCAUGUACUCAGUAUCGAUGACCGGGCCCCAGGACGCCGUGUCGUCCGUGUACACUUUCCUGGCCCGCCGCCGAGGGCACGUCCUCUCGGACGGCCCCAUCGUCGGCACGCCGCUCUACCGCGUCAACGGGCUGAUCCCCGUGAUCGACUCGUUCGGCUUCGAGACGGACCUCCGCAUCAACACGCAGGGCGCCGCCAUGCUGUCCCUCGUCUUUGACCGCUGGAACAUCGUGCCCGGCGACCCGCUCGACAGGGAGAUUGUCAUCCGGCCCCUCCAGCCCGCCAGCGCCCAGGCCACGGCGCGCGACUUUGUGCUCAAGACGCGCCGCAGGAAGGGCCUGAGCGAGGACGUCAGCGUCGCCAAGUUCCUGGAGCCCGAGUUUUACAACAGCCUCAUGGAGAGCGGGACCCUGGGCGAGCCUUGA